AUCACCCUAAUAGCUCUCUUCUUAUGGAUUGCACAGUCCUUUUGAGAAUGAUCUCUCACCUCCAAAUGAAUCAUGUUUUGAGGGAACGUAAUAUGGCUGCUCAUGCCAUUGCCAAGAAGGCUGUCCACUCCUCUUCUGAUUUUGUUAUUUUGUAGCAAUGUUCUCCAGAUAUUAAUCCUUUAUGCGUAGUUGAUAUGGUUGGAGUUUGCGACCCUAAGAAUUGAUUUGUGUUGUGUAUCUUGCUUUACUUUUAAUGCAACUCUCUAUUUACAAAAAAAUGAAAAAAAGGAAAGGAA